AUGGCCGCUUCUGCGUGGAUCGGUCUCCAGCUUGCCUUGGCCCUUCGCGACGCGGCCGCUGUGGAGGCUGCCGAGGGAGCUUCUGACUUGGAGAUGCAGUCCGAGGCGGUUGCUGCAGAGCCUCCAGAUGACACUUCCGAGGCCAAUGGACAUGAGGGGCCCGCUCCACAUACUCCCACGUACAUGGAGAACCUAAUAUACAGCCUGCGCCGCCGAGUGGAGGCGCUGGAGUCGGAGAUUGCUUCGUUGCGCUCCUGGACCAGAGACGGCUUCAGGCAGUGGGAGGCCGACCGAGCUGCUGUUCGACAUGUGCUGGACCGCAUCGGGGCCCUGGAGAGGGAGGUCACAGCUCAGGGAGAGCUCGUCAACGAGCUCAUCGACCGCCUGAAUCGCUGA